UUGAAUCAACAAACAUAGAUGGACAUUGCAAGUUUUGAUCCCUUCAAAUUGAAGCACCACUUAAUAAUCUAAUCUUGUUUAGAUUAGAUGAUGGGCGAGUGUUUUCUUCUUCAUUCAAUUUCAUAAAUCCAAUUCCAAACCAUUUAGUCUUGGAUCUCCUUAUCCAUUCAGUCAACUCCCAAAUCGAUCAAUUUACAAUCUACAGCACCCCACCACCAACCAACCAUCUCUUCCUCAGUAGUAACUCGAAUUCAACAUAACUCACAACAGUAGUUAAAGGAAUCACGAUGGGUUAUCUCUCAUGUAAAGCAGAAUCAUCCAUCUCCAUCACCGAUUCUCACCUCGCCUCAACAUCCUCCCACGAUAACCCCAAUCACAAAAAACCCAUCAAGCUCCAAGAAUUCAACUACAAAGAUCUCGAAUUGGCCACCGACAACUUCUCCGCCGCCACUCUCCUCGGCAGGGGCAGCCACGGCCUCGUCUACAAAGGUGUCCUCCGCAGCGGCCGCCUCGUCGCCGUCAAAAAACCCUCCAGAGCCCCUCACAGACUGCCCGAAAAUUCUACCGAAUUCGAGAACGAAUUCGAUAUCUUGUCAAAGCUGCAGAGCCCUAGAUUAGUCAAUCUCGUCGGAUUCACCAAGAAUCCCUCCCAAGAUCGCAUUUUGGUCGUCGAAUUCAUGAGCAACGGUACACUUUUUGAUGUUUUGCAUUCCACCUCACGGCCCCCAAAUUGGGGGAGGAGGAUCAAAUUGGCUUUGCAGAUUGCUAAAGCUGUCGAUGUGUUGCAUUCUUUGAAUCCGCCUGUAAUUCAUAGAGAUAUUAAAUCUGCUAAUGUUUUGAUUGAUAGAAAUUUCAAUGCCAGAUUGGGGGAUUUUGGUCUGGCUUUGAGGUGUGUGGAUGAUUCUAGGUUGAAAUCAACUCCACCUGCUGGGACAAUGGGGUAUCUUGAUCCUAGCUAUGUAACCCCUGAUAAUCUUAGCACAAAAACUGAUGUAUUUAGUUUUGGGAUAUUGCUUCUUGAGAUUAUUAGUGGGAGGAAGGCGAUUGAUGUUGCGUAUUCGCCUCCUUCCAUUGUGGAUUGGGCUAUACCUUUGAUUAGGAGGGGGAAAUUGCUGUCUGUGUAUGAUCCGAGGGUUGUGCCGCCUAAGGACGCUUCCACGUUGGCUGUGGUGGCCGCCAAAUGUGUGAGGUCUUGUAGGGAGAGGAGGCCGUCGAUGAAGGAGGUGGUUCAGUGUUUGAGUGAGGUGAGUAGACUAGUCCCGCUUCAUUCUUGGAAUGGUAUUGCUAAUCCUUGUUUGAUGGUGGAUACUGUUGGCAAGCCGGUGCAAACGCCACCAAGAAAGGCUAUCAAGGGUGUAGAUGAUGAUGUUUCUAAAGCUGGAACGCCAUUGUCAACCCCACGGAGAGUGCACUCUGACUUGGGGGUCCGGAGCAAUCUGAUGGAAUUGAUGUCCGGCCCAGAUGGCGAGUCUAGGUUUCUCGUUGAGGAGGGUGGUGAGUCCAAGUCCGGAUCCAAGAAAAGGGUGUCAAGUUUGAGAUUUGAAAGUGGUAAGUUUGUAGGGAGGAAUAGUAUUCUCGCUAUGGUACUUGGCAACGAUAGUGAUGCCAUACCUUCCAUAUUGGCAAACAAUUGAUAGAGCCUAUUGUAAGUGAGCAAAGCUCGAAUGUCUGAUGUUUCUGUAGCUUCUCCACAUUGUUGUAGAUUGUAGAUGGGAUUUGAUUGAAUAGCUUUGUGUUUACAAUUAUCAAAUCAAGUUUCUAUUCUGGUGCACAGCUGGUGCAUUAGCUGUGAGUGUUCUUCAAUUUUUGGUUGCGAAUGAUGAAUAAUUGUAUGUGAUUGCGUUGCAACGAGCAUUAUCUUGUGUCCCGGUUUGAAGUUUGUAUGGAAUUCUUAUGUAUCUGGAUUUUAUUGGAUCA